CGCGAUAUAUAUUACGUUAUUAUACUCGAACACUGCCCUUAUGUACAAUUAAAGAAAAAAAGAGGGAAAAGAAAAGCAAAAAUACGAUUUUGUUCCGCAACCGACACAAGGAUUACGAAUAGAUAUUUUAGCCAGAGCAGGCUUCAUAGUGACGUUUACUGAACGAGAAAGAAACCUUUGGAUCGUUUGAUUGCGACAUGCUGCCUUUGAAAAUCUAUCCUUUGACAUCGAGCGGAGAGAACUUGUUGAGAAGGGGAUGCCGUUAACCUAUAAAACGAGCUUCGGUCUCGUUAUCCUGUCAUAUGUGUUCACGUUCGCACGCUUCGAGUAUCAAAUACGAGGACAACUUUUACGAAUCGCGUUGCUUGUUCUAUUCGCGAUUCUAAUUGACGACAUGCAUCGUAAGCUUCGACCAAGUUUUUUCGCUUUCUCGAUUAUAUUGCUACUAUGUUUGAUUUUGAAUACUGGAGUUGAAGCUCAAUUGAAUUUUUCGACUGGUUGGGGAAAAAGAAGUCAAAGGAUCGGAGUUGUCGAAUGGGGUGUUAGAACCGAGUGUGCUACGCAAGCCAAACCUUCAGUGGAACAAUUGCUAAGUGUUUACCAUUUGAUACAGAUAGAAGCGCGAAAAAUGUUGGAUUGUCGGAAAUUGAACGAGUGAAUUUGAGAGUAAUUCGAUUAAUAUUAGAGGAAACAUCGUAGAUUAAACAUUGGAUUGUUUGAGAAAGUCAUUCAAAUUGUACGAUUUUAACAAUCAUUGGCUAAUUUGUUUGAAAGUAUCGGAUAACUUAUAUUGGCUUCACAUAUCCGGUUCUGGCAAACGAAGAAUUGCUUGAAAUGUUUUCAAUCGCACGAAUGUGCCUUAUAAAAUUAUCGAUACGAAUGAUAAUAUAAUAAUAAUAAAGAAGAAAUAUAAUUUCUUUUA